UGAUAGUUUUAUAGGUCGUCAUGAUAUUUCGUUUCAUUUUAGUGUUUUCCAUCUUUAGCUGGAGUGUCGUUGGGUUUUCAAUAUAUUACUUAUCUCAACAUUGUCAUUAUGUCCCAGGCAUUGCGACAAGAAGGCUAUAUUUUGAGUUGACUGGAGCUGUUAUCUAUUCACAUCCACGCUAUGCUCAGUUAUAUGAUGGUUUUUCACAAACAGCUGAUCAAGCAACACUGAAGCAAGGAUUAUUUAAACAAAGCAAAAGUGAUAAAAAUCAGGUUAAAACAUCAGCAAAAUCAUUAAAUAAAUACUCAAAAGCAGAUGAUGGCAAUUCAUUAACAGAGAAAGGCUUUCAAAACUACAUGCAUUCAACGACUACCAUGACGACACUUAAGGAAACUAAACCGACCACGGUAAAUGAUGUUGAGGGAAAUACAAUGGAAAACACGUAUCCAGUGAAUUUCAGCUGCGAAGUAUACAUACACUCUCGAGUCAAUUCACGGAUUAUGAUCAGAUUCCAGUCAUUUUACAUUCCAUCACAACAACAAUUAUUAUGCGAUGAGAAUUAUUUGUAUUUAUUUGAUUCGAAUACACCACAAUAUCGUGCUAUGGCAGAAGCUGGUGGUGAAAGAGGUCUUUGUCAAGGUCAGUAUCCAACACAACCGAUUUUCACAACAAAAUCAUUUGUAACAAUUGUAUUCAGGUCGACAUCAUCUGCAAUGUCAACUUCACCGAUGAUGAAGAUGGACAGAGAACCUGGUUUUAAGUUAAUUUUAACAGCCAUAACAGACGCAAAACCAACAGGUGUUUGUGGAAGUGACGAAUUCUUCUGUGGACAUAUGCCAGUGGAAUCAUCCAAAAUAUCCUAUACACAUAAAAAGCGUUCAGUGCCUGAUAUUAACGAAAUCAAGUCUUCUCAUGUUCAAGAGUUCAACAAUCCGAUGACAGCAACAACAACAGAGAAACAUUUAAUGCAACAAAGUUUAUUGAAAUUUAAAUUAAUAAAACAAAAGACGCGCAGAUCAUUUAUUCAAAAUGAUGAUUACGGUUACUGUAUUUCAAAACAAUUACAAUGUGAUAGUAUUGUACACUGUCAUAAUGCUAGAGAUGAAUUACCUAGUCUGAGGAUGAAUCCCACAGAUUUACCUGGUCAGCUAUUACGUGCACUUGUUGGCGCGCAUCUUACGCCAGCUGACUUAAAUAACGUUGGAUGUACAGUAUACAAGCUAAGCAGUAGUACAAUCAUACAAAGUUAUAAUAAUGAAAAGCACAAAGGGAUUCAAAUUUCAAACAUUGACGAGUCACAAGGCGGAAGUAACAAAACUAAUUUAUCCCGUUUUAUUUCAAAUAAUCCAACAGCUUCCAGUACACUAAUAAUUGGUUGUGUUGUGUUGUUUUCAUUUAUCAUUAUCGUUCUGGGAUGCUCAUGUUAUCAGUGUUGUUAUCGUAGAAAAUUAAGAACAAUACAAGGUUCCAACAAAUCAAUAAACUAUUGGUCGUCUUCUUCGUCUACGAAAGUGACUGGAAUUCAAUACUUUUCCGAAGAACAGAUUAAAACUAGCUUGAUUCACGCAGAGAACAACACAGAGGAAAGUAAAGAAUCCCAGUUAAACAAAACAACAGAAAAAUAUAUGAUAGGUCGUAGUGCAACUGACGGUACUUUAAGUACUCUGGCUGAAUCAUAUCCAGGAUCCAAUAGGAAUGAAAAACCUCAUAUUAAUAACUUGGAUGUGAAUAAAUCUUCCGUCUACUUAGAAAGACGACCAACAAUUUCUCAGUCAAUUAGCAAAACUUCUCUUCAAUCAAGCGACCAAAAUUACAGCAAUAAUAGUAACAAUAACAAUAAUAAUAAUAGCAGCACAAAAAGUGUACAUUUUGUUGUUCCCAACGUACCAUCACAAAAUUCUAACCAAUUACAUUAUUAUUACAACACACUUAAUAAUAUGCAGCCAGCAUAUUUCACCUCUAUGAAUCCACAGUCAUUCGAGUAUUGUGAAAUGGUUCCUCUCAUAAGCCAACAAAAACAACAGCAGAUCCAGAUAAAUUGGCAAACGAAUUCUCAACAGUUUAUUGGUUAUCCAACAAUGGAUGAAGGUCAUAUACUUACAAAAAGUCCACAAGAGUUAUUUCAGAGGAGUUUUUACUCCAAUAUUAAAGACUCCUAUUCAAGGAUGCUGAACAGUGAUAUGUUGCCACAUAUUUGGAGGUCCUCAUUUGGCAUCGAGGCAGAUUUACUACAUCAGACUAGCAAUGACUUCACAAACAUACCGUAUCCUUUGACCACAAGAUUCUCACCUUUACAACAGCAUUCAACAAGCGGUCAUCACUCCACUUCUCUGCAAAAGCCGCCGCCACCACCACCACCACCUUAUCCAAAGGAACACAAACUAAUGAAGCUACAUACUGUGUCGUGUGAAACACAAAAACACAGAGAUGAGUGUGAGAAUCAAGUGGAUCGUUGUAUGAGAUCGUCAACAACGUUGCUGUCGAAGAACCCUACUGAAAAAGAAGCAAACGUAAAUAUGAAUACUUACUUCACAAGGAAAACUGGCGAAAGGCAUGUUGGUAACCGACGGUAUUGUGGGAGAAAACACAAAGAACAUCGACUGACAGUUAGUAAUAAUGUAAACCACUUUUCAAACAAUGAAGCGAAAAAACUGACUAUGCUUAGUAUUUAUUCUGACAGUAGUGUACCAGAAUCAAGUAAUAAAUAUGUCGUUAAACAUUGGAAAUGUCAUCACAAUGGAAAUUUGAAGAUACCAUGUAGCAUAACACAAGUUGGUGAUUCCGAUUCCCCUGCUACAACUGACACGGGUAUUACUCAUAGCAGUAGAAAUUCUAGAAGACGCAUCAACAGGCAUUUGGCGCAUACACGACGUAACCAACGUAUCAACCGUGUUCAUCGACAUAAAACAUGUCAUACCCAUUCGAGAAACCGAUCAACGAAAAAUAUCAACAACAAUAUUUCUUCAAUUGAUGCUCUAUGCAUGGCAGCUGACAAAGAAGUUGAGAAUGAAAAACAUAUCAUAAGUGGCGUUGAAAUUGUUGCUUUUUCAGCUAAAACUGAAAGAUGUAUGAUGUCACACAGCGGAUCGAACCCAUCAAACUUAUCUGCUAUAACCAGAGAAAAUAUGGUGAACAGCAUGAAUCGGUCGUUUUCUUCAUCUGACCUACUCUACAUUAAACAUGGGGAAUAUAUUUAAAUCACUUAGUCAAACCUAUUGUUUUGCACACAGCCACCAGCGAUUCAUAAUAUAUUUCUCUAUUGCACACAAACAACAGAAUACGCUAUUCAGCAUUGAUUUUCAAGGGGUAUGCAUGUGCUCACAUAUCAUGAGCUCAGAGUUGCAAUCACAUCAGUCAGAAAGGCGAGUACUCAAAAAAUUAGUGUGAAGAAAAAGACUUUAUGAGAAAUAUGUUGUUAUCUAAUAUUUCCAAUGUUAUGUACAUAAAAGGACUACCUCAUUAUAACUGAAUACUUCGAACUAUAAUUUAGUCAAUCAAAAAAAACUCAGGAA